GUAGAAGAAGGAGAGGAAGAAGAAGGUCCUGGCGAAGGAGAGGAAGAGGAGGAAGAAGGUUCUGGUGAGGGCGAAGAAGGAGAAGAAGAUAGUGAUGAGAGUGAGGAUAAAGAAGAAGAAGGUCCUGGCGUGGACGAGGAAGAAGAAGAUACCGAGGAGGGUGAGGAAGAAGGAAAAGAAACUCCUGAUGAGGGCGAGAAAGAAGAAGGACCUGCUGAAGGUGAGCAAGAAGAAGAAGGAUCUGGUGGGGACAACGAAGAAAAAGGUCCUGGCGAGGGCGAGGAAGAAGGUGGAAGUGUACCUAGUGAAGGAGACGAAGAUACAGAAGAGGGCGGGGAAGGAGGAAAUGGAGGUCCAAGUGAUAGCGAAGGAGAAGUAGGAGGCAACGAAGAAGGCGAUGACGAAGAAGAUAAUGAAACUGGUGAGGGUGAAGAAGACGAAGGUAGUGAACAAGACGGGGAAGGAGAAAGUGGACCUGACGAGGGUGAGGAAGGAAAUAAUCAGGAUCCUGGCGAGGGCCAAGAAGGGUCAGGAGGUAGUGACCAGGACGAAGAAGAAGAAAGUGGACCUGACGAGGGUGAGGAAGGAAAUAAGGAAGGUCCUGGCGAGGGCCAAGAAGGAGCAGGAGGCAGCGACCAGAACGAAGAAGAAGAAAGUGGACCAGACGAGGGCGAGAAAGGAAAUAAUGAGGGUCCUGGCGAGGGCCAAGAAGGAGCAGGAGGUAGCGACCAGGACGAAGAAGAAGAAAGUGGACCGGACGAGGGUGAGGAAGGAAAUAAUCAGGGUCCUGGCGAAGGCCAAGAAGGGUCAGGAGGUAGUGACCAGGACGAAGACGAUGAUGAAAAUGGACCUGGCGAGGGCGAGGAAGGAAAUAAUGAGGGUCCUGGUGAGGGCCCAGAAGGAGCAGGAGGUAGCGACCAGGACGAAGAAGAAGAAAGUGGACCGGACGAGGGUGAGGAAGAAAAUAAUCAGGGUCCUGGCGAAGGCCAAGAAGGGUCAGGAGGUAGUGACCAGGACGAAGACGAUGAUGAAAAUGGACCUGGCGAGGGCGAGGAAGGAAAUAAUGAGGGUCCUGGUGAGGGCCCAGAAGGAGCAGGAGGUAGCGACCAGGACGAAGAAGAAGAAAGUGGACCGGACGAGGGCGAGAAAGGAAAUAAUGAGGGUCCUGGCGAGGGCCAAGAAGGAGCAGGAGGUAGCGACCAGGACGAAGAAGAAGAAAGUGGACCGGACGAGGGUGAGGAAGGAAAUAAUCAGGGUCCUGGCGAAGGCCAAGAAGGGUCAGGAGGUAGUGACCAGGACGAAGACGAUGAUGAAAAUGGACCUGGCGAGGGCGAGGAAGGAAAUAAUGAGGGUCCUGGUGAGGGCCCAGAAGGAGCAGGAGGUAGCGACCAGGACGAAGAAGAAGAAAGUGGACCGGACGAGGGUGAGGAAGAAAAUAAUCAGGGUCCUGGCGAAGGCCAAGAAGGGUCAGGAGGUAGUGACCAGGACGAAGACGAUGAUGAAAAUGGACCUGGCGAGGGCGAGGAAGGAAAUAAUGAGGGUCCUGGUGAGGGCCCAGAAGGAGCAGGAGGUAGCGACCAGGACGAAGAAGAAGAAAGUGGACCGGACGAGGGUGAGGAAGGAAAUAAUCAGGGUCCUGGCGAAGGCCAAGAAGGGUCAGGAGGUAGUGACCAGGACGAAGACGAUGAUGAAAAUGGACCUGGCGAGGGCAAGGAAGGAAAUAAUGAGGGUCCUGGUGAGGGCCAAGAAGGAGCAGGAGGUAGUGACCAGGACGAAGAAGAAGGAAGUGGACCGGACGAGGGUGAGGAAGGAAAUAAUCAGGGUCCUGGCGAGGGCCAAGAAGGGUCAGGAGGUAGUGACCAGGACGAAGACGAUGAUGAAAAUGGACCUGGCGAGGGCGAGGAAGGAAAUAAUGAGGGUCCUAGUGAGGGCCCAGAAGGAGCAGGAGGUAGCGACCAGGACGAAGAAGAAGAAAGUGGACCGGACGAGGGUGAGGAAGGAAAUAAUCAGGGUCCUGGCGAGGGCCAAGGAGGGUCAGGAGGUAGUGACCAGGACGAAGAAGAAGGAAUUGGACCGGACGAAGGUGAGGAAGGAAAUAAUCAGGGUCCUGGCGAGGGCCAAGAAGGAGCAGGAGGUAGUGACCAGGACAAAGACGAUGAUGAAAAUGGACCUGGUGAGGGCGAGGAAGGAAAUAAUGAGGGCCCUGGGGAGGGCCAAGAAGGAGCAGGAGGCAGCAACAAUAACGAAGCAGAAGAAAAUGGACCUGGUGAGGGCGAGGAAGGAAAUAAUGAGGGCCCUGGCGAGGGCCAAGAAGGAGCAGGAGGCAGCAACAAUAACGAAGCAGAAGAAAAUGGACCUGGUGAGGGCGUGGAAGGAAAUAAAGAAGGUUCUGGCGCAGGCAAGGAAGGAAAUAACGGAGGUACCAGUGAGAAUGAAGAUGAAGGUGGGAUCGACGGGAAGGAAGACGGAGAAGUAGAUAAGGGUAAACCUGGCGGAGCGUCAGCUGGAAACGGUAAAGAUGAGUCGAAUAUUCCUUGCAAUUCUGAGGAACAGGAUUCUGAAUCGAAGCCACCUAAUUCCAAAACGACAUCGGAUAGCGCAGAUGACGCUCAAAAUGAUGAACCAGCAUCAGAAGAAGAUGAUAUAGUAUACAUAAGACCAGGCAGAAGAUAUAAAUACGACUUUGGAAACGAAUACGAGAAUUGGUCUUGGUUUGACAUCAUCAGACCUAGAGUUCCACGAGUCGUAGAAGAGGAAGUAGUUUAUGUACCACCUGGACGUAAACCGUGUCUCUGCAAAGAUAGAAGUUAAUACAAAAUAAACUUAAAGGUAAACAAAGAUAGUGUUAAGAUAAGGCGUAAUUACACCCACGACAAUGGACUGAAAAUGGAUACCGACUUUUAUAUUUUAAUCGUAACAAUAUUCAUAUUAUGGUAAUGGACAUAUUUAAUCGCAAUAUAUUGAAGCAAGCAUGAGGUUUUUUGUCUUACUACUUUCCUAUCCAUAAUAAUCCCUCCUCCAAAUUCUUAUUUUGGUUAUGCCCGAAAUCCCGGGAGCACAAUGCUCCAAAACGAAUAUAUAAUUCUUAUGUCCUACCUAACUUCACAUUGUGGAAAGCAAUAAACGUAUUGAGUAUUGAGCCCGUUACAUAUUAAUUGACAUUGUACAUAAGCAUGUGCGCAAACUGAGCUGCACUCAGCCUUGCUCCCUAGACUUUUUCUAAACUAUUUUGGGGUCGGCUUCCAGUCUAACUGGAUGCAGCAAGUGUUUUGCAAUAAUCGAAUGCCUAUCUGACCUCCUCA